AUGGGAGCUGACGCCAUUCUCAAUGUCCACAGCCUUGUGAAGGCUUCUCAGGUGUCGCCGAGGCUCUUGGAAACGCUCAACUGGCACGUGAGCACCGUCUAUGAUGUGCAUGUUGGCCAACCCUUCAACUUCAUCUAUGAUGUGUUGCAGUUCUCAUCAGGACGCGACAAAUUUUGUGCCUUGAUGCAGGGCUAUGCCAAAUUCGCCAGCGAGGUACUCGCCAAGCCGGACAGUGAAAGACACUGGAUGUAUAGAGGAAUCGAGGAUAGCCUUAGCGACGGUCGCAAGAUUUUCCGGCUCUUCAAAGAAUUCCGGGAGGUCUACAAGGUACGACGUGGCUGGAGCCGAUUUAGUCAGGGAGCGCAAGAAGAAGGGACCUUCUCCAUCCCAGCGGCAUGUGGAGUGCUUGACAUGCUUGGUCACACCUGCUCCUUCUUCUACUACCUGGGCGACAACCUCCUGUGGGCUGCUUCGGUGGGCUUGGUGCGUUCCAAGGAGGUCCCCAAGAUGCAGAGGAGGAUGUGGAAAGGUUUCCGCAAGAACGGUGCUAUUUUGAACUCCCUGGGCGGUGUGAGCAAUGUGAAGCAAAAGCGCAACUGGGCCUCGAUUUGGAGGUUGAAUUUUGCGAUAGGUGCCAACAUCCUGCUGUUUUACAAGGCCGUGCUACGACUUGGAUGGAAGAGUUUGGAGGGCCCCGACGAUGCACGACUUUUCCAUACCCUGGAGAUCAUCGGCAUGCUCGCCAGCUACAGGGUACUGCUCUCCAAGCUGAACAUCCUCAAAGCCUCUCAUGCCAGGCUGGGUUUGUUGGCCAUGUUGGCUGCAGCCUGUGGCAUUUGGAGCAACUGGCGUAAGGUUCGCAGGAAGAAGUGUGGCACCAAAACCUUCGUGGUGGCGAGCAAGAAUCAAAAGGUGGAGGCCAUUCAGAAUUAA